AUGAGACCCAGACUGAGAUCCCGAGCCACAAAUCCCGAUCCUGCAGAUGACUCACAAUUCAAUGAAUCGUCAUUGCGAAAUUCCUCACCCCUCCGUCGAUCGAGUCGAUCGAGUCGAUCGGAACCCCUACAAGUGGGUGGGUCAUCCCUUUCUCGAUCUCAGCCCCAGCACGUCAUACAAGAUUCUGAGGCCGAUGAGGACGAUUACAUCGAUCGAUCAGACUCGGUGGCUCCCGAAAAAUUGACUCAUGAAACACUUUCAGUGGUUAUACCGGUGAAAACAGAAUCACCGAGUGACUCUGCCUCUCGGACUUCAAUCAAAAAUGGCUCCACCGGUUACAGCACUCCAGCUACUAGCGUUGGGCCUACAACUACAGAUACAGAUUCCAAAGCUCCUACAAGAGUCAAUGCUUCUCAACGCGCGAAAAAAGUGCAGUCAAGCACGUUGUCCCUUGGCUCUUCAAAGCGGGGUACAAAAAGAUCCGCGGCUACUUUGACAGACGACGACGCGUCUGAUGUUCCAUUAGUCAAGAAAAGAGCAACAAAACGAUUUGCUGCUGCUUCUGACGCAGCUGAUAGAAAUGCUUUGGAUGCUGCCCUGGCUCAUGCUCUCCAAGUGGAAGAGUAUGAUAAACCAGACUCGAAAAAUCAAAAUCGUACAUUCAGAGAUAUCUAUGACUCGGAAGAUGACCCGGAUGAUUCGGACUUCACGGAUGGGUUGACAUCCCCCCUGAGCCCUCCGCCACUGGGGUUGCUUCAUCCUGAUAUUGAGGAUUCGGAUACUCCAGACCCUGUUGGGGGCUUAUCUGCCGUUCCUCUCGCGGAUCCCAGAGUUGCGGGAUUGAACCUGGAUAACAGCUCUCAAUAUGACUCCGAUGAAGACCUACCUCCCACCUGGGAAGAACAAAAGAAAGCUAAGCGUGCAGACGCAGACCGCAAGAAGCUCGAAAAUAAACACCCCACCCUCGGCACUAUGUGGGAUAAGCUUAAAGCGCAGCCUGUCAUCGAGCCGGAGGAAGCAAAGCAGCCCACCUCAAUUACUCGCAAGCUCAAGCCUUUCCAGCUAGAGGGACUGAACUGGAUGAUGCGGCAAGAAAAAACCGAAUACCGGGGUGGUCUGUUAGGCGAUGAGAUGGGCAUGGGAAAAACCAUUCAAUCCGUAUCGCUCAUCAUGUCUGACUAUCCUCAGCCUGAUCCCACUCUCGUUCUUGUUCCCCCAGUAGCUCUGAUGCAGUGGGUUGCCGAGAUCAAGGCCUACACAGAUGGCAAGCUGAAAGUUCUGGUCUAUCACAACUCCGACGCAAAGAUCAAAAAACUGACGGCGGCUGACAUUCGCAAAUACGAUGUCAUCAUGAUCUCCUACGCCAGCUUGGAAUCCAUGCAUCGAAAGCAGGAAAAGGGAUUUGUCCGCGGUGAAAAUAUUGUCAAAGCGAACAGUGUCAUCCACGCGGUUCACUACCAUCGCCUUGUUCUCGACGAAGCACAUAGCAUCAAGUCACGAAACACCGGGGUAGCCAAGGCAUGCUUUGCUUUGAAGGCUAACUACAAGUGGUGUCUAUCCGGUACACCGGUUCAGAACCGCAUUGGAGAAUUCUUUUCUCUUCUACGUUUUCUCCAAGUCAAACCGUUUGCAUGCUACUUUUGCAAAUCAUGCAAAUGCGAACAGCUCCAGUGGAGCCAAGACAAGGAGGGACGUUGCACCUCAUGUUCUCACACUGGCUUUCAACACGUCUCGGUGUUCAACAAGGAGAUUCUUGGUCCGAUCACCGAGGGCAAAACUCAUGCCCAACGCAAGGCCGGCUUGGACAAGCUCCGUCUCAUUACCGAUCAGAUCAUGCUUCGUCGUAUGAAGCAAGAGCACACCGGCUCGAUGGAGCUUCCGCCGAAGCGUAUCACGCUACAUAAUGAAUUCUUUGGCGAGAUCGAACAUGAUUUCUCUCGCAGCAUCAUGACCAAUUCCACCCGAAAGUUUGACACCUAUGUGAGUCAGGGUGUCAUGUUGAACAACUACGCCAACAUCUUCGGAUUGAUCAUGCAGAUGCGCCAAGUCGCAAACCACCCGGAUCUCAUUUUGAAAAAGAAGAUGCAGGCCGGGUUCAAUGUCGCGGUUUGUUCUAUCUGUGAUGAACCUGCAGAGGAUGCGAUUCGGUCUCAGUGCCGCCACGAGUUCUGCCGGCAAUGCGCCAAGGAUUACAUCCAACAUUUCCAGGACGGUAGCAAUGUUGAUUGUCCCCGAUGCCACAUUGCGCUUAGCAUCGAUUUGGAGCAGCCGACCCUUGCCGAGUAUGAGGAUACUGUCAAGAAGAAUUCCAUCAUCAAUCGUAUCUCUAUGGAUAACUGGACCUCAUCCACGAAAAUCGAGACCCUGCUCUAUGAACUCUUCCAGGAGCGAAGUAAGAGCCACACUCCCAAAUCAAUUAUCUUCUCUCAGUUUACAUCCAUGCUUCAAUUGGUUGAGUGGCGACUGCGUCAUGCGGGAUUCAACACUGUCAUGCUGGACGGUUCGAUGACCCCCGCUCAACGACAAAAGUCCAUUGAACAUUUCAUGACUAAGCCCGAGGUUGAAGUGUUCCUGGUCUCUCUCAAGGCUGGUGGUGUAGCCCUGAACCUCACGGAAGCAUCCCGAGUGUUUAUUAUUGACCCAUGGUGGAACCCUGCAGCGGAAUGGCAAAGUGCCGACCGCAGUCAUCGAAUCGGUCAGCAACGGCCCUGUGUGGUCACGCGGCUUUGUAUUGAGGAUUCGGUCGAAUCUCGAAUCAUUCAGUUGCAGGAGAAGAAAGCCAAUCUUAUUCGGGGUACCCUGAACAAGGAUGAAGCGGCUGCAUUGGAAAAGUUAACACCGGAGGACAUGUCGUUCCUCUUCCGAGGAACCUGA